CAGCGUUAGACUUGGACAUUUUUUUGAUCACAAAUGAAAGCUGAUACUAGUAGUCAUAUCGGUAUUAGCACCAGUUUUACAUAAAGUCAAUGAAACGUAUAUAAUGGGUCACUUUGUAGUGUAUCUAAUAUAUAUCAAAUCCUCAGGGUCAAUGAGGGUAUUUGCCUGAACGCUUUCAAGGCCCCAUGAUGACUCGUUUGGAAAAGCAUGCGCUUGUCGAACGAUUCAAUCACGCGAAGAUGAGUAAAUUCCCUUUUGCAAUUCUGAGCAUAUUCCAGGCACGAGAAUUAGUAAAGAAGGCAGCAAGAGGAACGGACACAAACCGACAAUGCUGAAAGUAGCUUAUCUAUAAUAAAGGAGAAAGACAGAUCUCCUACCGAUUUACGAACGAUCGAGAUGGACACUACGUUUAAUUAUAUAGACACCUUCGCAUUGCGUAAGCAAUUAAUUAUUUAAGCAAACCCAGUCAAUGCCUCUACAAACACUUUCAUCUGAUCUUCUUCCUUUAAAGCCGCUCGAAACAACUUCAAUAUCUUUGAUAGCCACUCUGAGAAGAAAAACACUCGAUUCAUGCACCCUCGCCAGGUUCUUAUCACCCAGUACCAACUCAAAUACCGGGAUGCGUCUCUUGUCCUCCAAAAUCAGUCUCCAUAAGCAAUUGCACUAUCUUCUAAUCUUUAAGAAUCGCUUCGAGCGCUUUGCUGUAUCUAAUUCCGUAUUGCUCGACAUGUCAUUAGCCAAUUUUAAUCGUCCUUAUAAAUAACAACGUUGCACGUUCAUCAUCCAAUAUAGACGUUUUGAGCAACUGCAAUAUUAUCUUCUUGUUCAUGCUCAACGCUUGUAGCUCAUUAUGCUUCAGCUUCCAGAUUACCUUGUCAGAAGCAAUAGAAGAUCUUUAAGUAACUUUUCAAUAUCCACACUUGCUUCAGGAACUGCACUAGUUUCUCGGCUUUGAGUACCGUCUUGAGCAAUUACCGCCUUAAACGUUUUCACCACUGUCUUAUCACUUUUUUUCAAAUGAAGCAACCUGACUCAAAUGAAGCGACCUGACUCUCUGCUUCCAAAGCCUCCCCAACCAACUUCGCUUAACCAUAAAUCUGUGAUGCAGUCGCAAGUAAGCAGCAUCCAAUCAAUCUCAUCGUAUCGUUUGGAACAGGGGCAAUAUCUGUCGUUUUCAAAGACUUCAAAACGAAUUUAACUUGGGCUUUUCUGUUCAUCUCCUUAGGCAGAAAAAUACCUGACGCGCCACAAAGGCAAAACUUUUCAACUCGAGCUCAAUAAAAUUCAAUUGAGUAUAGGCAGCAUAUCAAGCCAACGAUCACGUUUUGUCAUCCAAGAUAAAUCGGAGGUAGAAUCUCCAAGGUUUCAAUGCGGAAUGAUUGUGAUCAACACGCUAGCUCGCAUAUUCUCUUGAAAUGCACCACAUUCAUAAUGAGACGAUUGAUAUAAUGGUAGAUAUCGACAAUAGACUAAGUUCCAAGCCAAGAUAUCAAAUUACCUCCGUUACGAUUAGCAGUAAGGAGUCGUAUCUCGCCGUAUUAUCCGAACCAUUGGCUACCUAGAGAAGCUACCAAUAGGCUUUCGUCGACUCGAAAUAGAUCAAAGGCCCUGCCGUAGAUAAAGAAAUGGAAUUUGAAUCGCACACUUCGCUUCUGCAAGAGUGACUAAAUGGGGAAACAUGGUGUUGCUUCUCAAGUCCGAUGACAAACUUUGCUUACAUGACUCUGUAAAUUGCUCAGAUACUCUGCGACAACCGAGGAUGCACAAAUUCAAUUGCUGCGAAAUCAAACGGAAUCAUCAGUGGUAUUUGACUGUCUGAUGAGUCAUGUGAAGGACAGAGGUUUAGAAGGAUUUUUGAAAGAUGGGCUGCAUGUUGUACCGCUAUUCUACGUCAGCAAACUAUUUAGCUUUGAGGGCAGUGUAAAUGAUCAGACUUCAGACCUUCUUAUCUCCCAACAGUUUCAUCAAUGUCGGUAUUGUCUUGCUACUACACUAUCAUCGUAGUUCUCCAACUCUCCUCCAGCAAUGGUCAAGCAAUUAUUUGCAGAAGACAGCGAAUCAUUUAACUGACCAACGACCACGACUGGGUCUUCAUGGACUAUAUGAAAGACACGUUGAUAUCAAGCAGUAAUGAAGUCGAAAGGAUCGGCACGAACAUCGUCAAGAAUACUGGGGAAAGAUUCGCAGCAAACCAAGCGACAAAAGACUGAGUCAGGCAGACGUAGCCUCAUGAUUUGUCCAUCACGAAAUCUGGUUUAUCUGGCUUCCGGGACAGUAAACUUGGAGUCUUGGAAUGUACUUCUGAUUCUUUUAGCAAUAAACAAACUAUUUGCACAUUAAUGGGCAGAAGUCAAGCUGGUGUUACCCAGCAAUUUAGAAGCUAACA